AUGUGGCAGGGACUCCAGACAAUCCCAGAGAUCAUAAAGGGAAAGCCAGCCACGUCCCGUAACACGGACGCCUCGCUCCCGGACACCGACGCCUCGCUCCCGGACACCGACCCUCGCUCCCGGACACCGACCCCUCGCUCCCGGACACCGACGCCUCGCUCCCGGACACCGACCCCUCGCUCCCGGACACCGACCCCUCGCUCCCGGACACCGACGCCUCGCUCCCGGACACCGACCCCUCGCUCCCGGACACCGACCCCUCGCUCCCGGACACCGACGCCACGUUCCCGGACACGACCCCUCGCUCCCGGACACCGACCCCUCGCUCCCGGACACCGACGCCACGUUCCAGGACACCGACCCCUCGCUCCCGGACACCGACGCCUCGCUCCCGGACACCGACCCCUCGCUCCCGGACACCGACCCCUCGCUCCCGGACACCGACGCCUCGCUCCCGGACACCGACGCCUCGCUCCCGGACACCGACGCCUCGCUCCCGGACACCGAUGCCACGUCCCGGACACCGAUGCCACGUCCCAGACACCGACCCCUCGCUCCCGGACACUGAUGCCACAUCCCCACACCCCUCGCUCCCGGACACCGACCCCCUCGCUCCCGGACACACAGACCCCUCGCUCCCGGACACCGACCCUUCAUUCCCGGACACCGACCCCGCUCCCGGACACAGGCCCCUCGCUCCCGGACACAGACCCUCGCUCCCGGACGGACACAGACCCCUCGCUCCCGGACACCGACCCCCUCGCUCCCGGACACCGACCCCUCGCUCCCGGACACCGACCUCUCGCUCCCGAACACCGAUGCCACGUCCCGGACACCGACCUCUCGCUCCCGAACACCGAUACCACGUCCCGGGCACCGACGCCUCGCUCCCGGACACCGAUGCCUCGCUCCCGGAAAAGCUUAACACCUUUUUUGGCUGCUUCGAGGAAAACAAUGCUGGCCUUCUAG